UAAUUCUAAAAUAAGUUAUCUGGUAAUUUUACCGAGCCCUUGUACCUUUCCUAAUUCUCGUUUUUAAAUCACAAGUUCCUAACACUACUCCAAAUUUCCCAAUCAAAAUGUGUUACGGCGGUCAACGAUUACCGUCAAAAGACGACUUAACUGACCCGACCCGCCGGACCCGAACUUUACCGGCGGCGAACGAGAACGUCGUGGUAGUUGAAAACCUCCGGGACCGGUUAGCUGAGACAGAGGCGCGGUUGGAGCGAGCUAGGGCUCGGGAAGCGGAGCUGAGCCGGCAGCUGGAGGAGAUGAAGAGGUACGUCUGCGUUAUGGAAAUUCUGGAAUGUUACCUCAAGCGCCGAUACAAAGAACAGCAAGUCAGAACCCUAGCAGUGGUAAAUUCGAAGUAAAGAUGAUUUAUGUGGUUAAAAUGGAUUUUUAGGGUUUCAUGCUUUAUGUAAUCAUGUGUGUUGUAAUUGUAUAUUCUUCAGUGUGAUAUAGAAUUGGUAAUCAAUUGAAGUUGAAAUACUCUUCAAUUUUAUUGUUCUAUGUGUUAAGCUUGAUGUUAAUCUGGA